GCGCAACUUUAGCGGUUCUCCUCUUCCACACAGAGCACAAUUAGUAACAUUCAAUAAUCCCCUGUUUCGGACAUAGUUGGUUUCAUGUUUUUAACUUCUAAUCUUUGACCAGACAAAACAUGAAAAAAUCAAAACACAGUUAAAAUAAAUAAAUUAUUAAAAGAUAAAAGAUAAUAACAAAUACAGCUCCCAUCAAAUUUGGAGAAAACAGAGAAAACCCAAAAAAAGAAAAAUUGAAUUAUCAAAUAUAGGGGGUGAUUCGAAGACAGAGAAAAUUAAAAUUUCAUCAAAAGGGGGGAAAAAAAAACAGGUAGACAUAGAGAGAAAGAGAAAAAGAGAGAGUGGCCGUUUCAAGACAGCCACCCUCCAGUUCUCAAAAAAAAAAAAAACAACAACAACAGCUUCGGGUUGACCGCUAGCUGAUUAUUUUCUCAUUUAGAAAUCUCCUUCUUUCUUUUUUUUUUUUUCUCUUUUUAGAAAAAAAAACCCAGGGAAAGAAAAGAACUUUCUUUGUUAAUACCCAAUUGAGCUUGCGUUUACCAUUGUGUUGCCAGGUAAAUUUGAUUUCUUGUUCAUAUUUUUUUGUACACCCAUUUCGUUUGUAUUUCUAGAUCUUCGAUUUUUGUGUCGUUUUCUGGGACCUGGUUGAAUUUUUGUUGUUGUUGUUGUUGUUAUACCAUUAGAGAAUUCUUCCUUUUGAUCUUGAAAAAGAUGCAGCGUAAUAAAUUUACCACAAUGCGUAGUUUAAAGGUUUUAGAUAGAUGUAAAGGCGCACAAGUUUAUGCUCUUCACACCACCGGUGGCGGUGGUGGAGAUGUCGGUGAUAAACUUUAUCAUCAACUUCAAGACCAUCUUAGUGUUAAUCCGGCUCGGCCUAUAUCGAUGCACAAUUACCAGUCUUCUAAUGUGCCCCUUGCUUAUGUAAAUGAAACCCUGCUUCCUUAUGGUCUACCCGUCUCCGAUCUCCUUGAACCCCAAAUUGAAUCAUGCUUGAAAUUCGUUGAUUUCAUUGGAACACUAGCUGAUUUGUACCGUAGGAUUGAGAAUUGUCCUCAGUUUGAAAAAACUGGAAUGUAUUUGGAGCAAUGUGCAAUUUUUAAGGGCUUGUCUGAUCCGAAGCUGUUCCGGCGGACCCUUCGAGCCGCCAGGCAGCAUACCGUCGAUGUUCAUUCCAAGGUUGUGUUAGCAGCUUGGUUGAGGUAUGAGAGGAGGGAAGAUGAGCUUAGAGGCACAAAUUCAAUGAAUUGUUGCGGAAGAAACAUUGAGUGCCCUAAGGCUACUUUGGUACCUGGUUACAACCCGGAAUUUAUUUAUGAUCCUUGUGUUUGUUCUAAGAAUCCUCAAGGUGAAAGUGUGGAUGAUUAUUCGAUUGAGGACGUGGAAUGUUCUACUUCGGAUGAAUAUAGGGAUAUGUCAUUUUGUAUCGGAGAUAACGAGAUUAGGUGUAUACGGUAUUGUAUUGCUUCAUUAUCAACACCGUUUAGGACAAUGCUGUAUGGUGGUUUCAGGGAAUCUAGAAAAGAGAAGAUAAACUUUACCCAGAAUGGUAUUUCAAUAGAGUGUAUGAAAGCUGCUGAAUUAUAUAGUAGGAUCAGAAGAGUAGAUUCUUUUGAUCCACGAAUCAUUUUGGAGCUUCUUACUUUCUCGAAUAGGUUUUGUUGUGACGAUUUGAAGUUGGCCUGUGAUUCUUAUUUAGCAUCUUUGGUAAAUGAUGUGGAGAAUGCACUAUUGUUAAUCGAGUAUGGAUUGGAGGAAAACGCGUAUCUUCUUGUGGCAGCUUGCUUGCAGGUUUUUUUAAGGGAACUCCCAAACUCGAUGCAUAGUCCUAAUGUGAUGAAAUAUUUUUGUAGUCCAGAAGCAAAGGAACGAUUGGCUCUAGUGGGGCAUGCUUCCUUUUUGUUAUAUUUCUUCUUGAGCCAAAUUGCAAUGGAGGAAGACAUGAAAGCUAACACUACCGUGAUGCUUCUCGAGAGGUUGGCAGAUUGUGCAACGGAAAGUUGGCAAAAACAACUUGCGUAUCACCAGUUAGGUGUUGCGAUGUAUGAGAGAAAAGAGUACAAAGAUGCUCAAAGUUGGUUCGAGGAAGCUUACGAGUCUGGUCAUAUAUAUUCGAAAGUGGGUAUAGCAAGGACCAAAUGCAAGCGUGGACACAAGUAUUCAGCUUACAAGAUGAUUAACUCACUCAUUUCGGAAUAUAAACCGGUCGGGUGGAUGCAUCAAGAACGUUCUUUGUAUUGUGAUGGGAAGGAGAAGAUGUCGGAUCUAGAAAUGGCUACGCAAUUGGAUCCGACACUUUGUUUUCCGUACAAGUAUCGAGCUGUUUUGUUGUUGGAGACCAAUAAGAUUGGAGCAGCCAUAUCAGAAAUCAGUAAAAUAAUCAGUUUCAAAGUAUCUCCUGACUGCCUCGAGUUACGAGCUUGGAUUUCGAUUGCCAUGGAGGAUUAUGAAAGAGCUCUCAGAGAUGUUCGUGCACUUUUGACUUUAGAACCAAAUUACAUGAUGUUUCAUGGAAAAAUGCAUGGUGACCACUUGGUCGAGCUCCUACGUCCUUUUGUUCAGCAAUGGAGUCAGGCUGAUUGUUGGAUGCAAUUGUAUGACCGGUGGUCUUCUGUUGACGAUCUCGGUUCCCUAGCUGUUGUACACCAUAUGUUGGCUAAUGACCCCGGAAAGAGCCUUCUAUGGUUCAGACAGUCUCUCCUCCUUUUAAGGUUAAAUUGCCAAAAGGCUGCAAUGCGUAGUCUACGGUUGGCUAGAAACCAUUCUACCUCGGAUCAUGAAAGGCUCGUCUAUGAAGGAUGGAUAUUGUACGACACCGGCCACUGCGAAGAAGCACUAGCUAAAGCUGAGGAAUCAAUCUCCAUCCGGAGAUCAUUUGAAGCUUUCUUCCUCAAAGCAUAUGCUUUAGCAGAUACAAGUCUCGAUCAAGAGUCCUCGGCAUAUGUUAUCCAACUUCUUCUGGAUGCUCUUAGAUGCCCUUCGGAUGGACUUCGGAAAGGACAAGCACUGAAUAAUUUAGGUAGUGUGUAUGUAGAUUGUGAGAAAUUAGAUCUUGCUGCUGAUUGUUACAUGAAUGCACUGAACAUUAAGCAUACACGAGCACAUCAGGGUCUAGCACGUGUUUUUCAUCUCAAAAAUCAACGUAAAGCUGCGUAUGAUGAGAUGACAAAGCUGAUAGAGAAGGCACGUAAUAACGCUUCUGCUUAUGAGAAGCGUUCAGAAUAUUCUGAUCGGGACAUGGCAAAGAGUGAUCUCGCUAUGGCUACUCAAUUAGAUCCCUUGAGGACAUAUCCAUACAGAUACAGAGCAGCAGUUCUAAUGGACGAUCACAAAGAAAACGAAGCUAUUGCGGAGCUCACAAGAGCACUAGCUUUCAAGCCAGACCUGCAACUACUACAUCUUCGAGCUGCUUUCCAUGACUCGAUGGGUGAUUAUGCAUCUACUGUUAGAGACUGUGAAGCAGCCCUAUGUCUUGAACCCAACCACGCCGAUACUCUCGAGCUAUAUAAUAAAGUUCACGAGCUGGUCAAAGAGCAAUAGUGAGAAAAAUCAGAUCCCAAUAAAUCAUUUCCUCUCUUCAUCGUCCGCCACGGGCAACCUGAUUUUUGCCACCCUUUUUCCUUAAAAGUGGCACCAUUAUUUUUGGAUAUGUCCCCGGAAAAUUCAGAAGCACCGCCAUGGCGAAAUGGGACCUUAGUGUUUGGUGUGAUAGAAAAAAAAAGGAGAAAAGGGAAAAAAAAUUAAUGGACAUGGUUAGCUUGUAAAUAUUUAUUUUCUGUAUUAAGGAUUGGACCAAUAUAUAUGUAAAUCAUCCAGGCAUGUGACUGAUGCUUGUUACAGCCAAGAAAGAAGCAUGUAAAUGAAACUGCAGAAGUCAAUCCAGUCUGGAGACUUUGCACUCUUUUAGACCUUUAAAAUUGUUCUUAUUGUUUUUGGAGCUUUA